UUCGUUCUGUGUGAUAAACAUCUUUUUACUUCGACACUAAUGUACAGAUUUACCGUGUCGUCAACUGAAUUAUUUUGAUAAAUAGAAGAAGUGAAGAUCAGCUGAGAUGGCAGAAUCUGAACAUCCCAGUUAAUUGGCGGGACUUGCUCAUUGGUUCACUCUGAUUGCGCCAGGUGCAUUUGUCCCUGUUGAUUGGCUACACGGCAGCAACUUCAGGGUACAUUUUACCCUCCAGAACCAGCACACACUGUAGUCCUUCAGCAUAUCUUCCUCAUCAUAAACCGGCACCAGCACCAGGUUUUGACCCUCAGCAGGAUGGCUUGUGAAAUCCGCAGUGACACCGAGCUGGAGCAGGCCGAAAAUACUGAGGACUGCGUUGUAAAGAGAGGUAGUGUCGGCAUCAUGGUGCGCACAUACCGCGGGUUUUGGUGGCUGUUGGGCUUCCGGCAGCCACUGGAGAUCGCCGUCGUCAGCCCCGCGGUCUCCAGUCCCGUACGUCAUAGGAUGGACAGCAGUAGGCUCCCCCGCUUACUGCUGUCCAUCCUGCCCCGCUGGGUGCGGAGCGCCAUGGGCUACCCGGUGUCUACCAGCAGUGGGAGAUCCCUCUCACCAGAAAGGAGUAGAAGACAAAGUAUGGAUUAUCCCCCAUCAGUGAGGAUGGUUCUUGUUGGGAAAACUGGAUCAGGAAAGAGCUCCAGUGGAAACACCAUACUGGGAAGAGACGCCUUUGGUGCAGCUGUCAGUCACUUCUCAGUAACCAGACACUGCUGUAAGCAGACAGGCGAGGUGUUGGACAGGCAGCUCACCAUCGUCGACACUCCCGGACUCUUCGACACUUCGAGGCCCGAUGAAACCGUGGAGAGAGAGAUCUCUAAAUGCAUCAACAUGUCGGCCCCGGGGCCCCACGCCAUCCUGCUGGUCAUCAAACUGGGGCAUUUCACAGAAGAGGAAAUAGAGGCUGUCAGGAAGGUGGAGGAGAUGUUUGGAGAAGAUGCCUGGAAGUACACCAUCAUCCUCUUCACCCACGGAGACGAAGUCACGCCAGACUUUAAGAUGGAGGAAGAGGCUGGACCCGAGCUGCAGACGGUCCUGGAGAAGGUGGAGAACAGGUAUCACAUCUUCAACAAUCUCAAGAUCAACGAUCGGGGACAGGUCCUGGGUCUGUUAAAGAAGGUAGAUAAGAUGGUGGAGGCCAACGGAGGACAGUUUUACUCCAACUACACCUACAAGGAGGUGGUGGAGAUGCUGAGUCAGAGAGAGGCUGAACUCAGAGAGUUCUACGAGAAGAAACUGGAGGAAGAAAUCCAAUCUGUCGAGUUAAAGUACGAGAAGAAGCUGAGUGAAGCUCAACAGGAGCGACAAAACGUGGAGAAACAACUGCAGGAAGAGUUGAAGGAAGUGAGGCGUUAUUAUCGUGUUUUAGAGAGUGGAGUCCGUCAUGUUGUAGAGCAAAUGUUGCAGAAAGACUCUCUCGAUGAAGUUCUUUCCCAGUUUCCUGAGAAGCUGAAGCUGAAUUUCCAAUCUUAAAAGCUCCUGUGGUGUAUUUAGUAGCGAUGCUGUAUGAAGAGGAAUCCGCUGACACUGUUCAUGAUUAUAAAUGUUUAUUUACAUCAAAGAAUUCAGCAUCAAUUUACAAGCCCUGCAGAGCUUGGAGAGCGACAGCACCCAAUUCUCUGAAUAGUCAUUCUGAAGUUCUGAUGUUAAAACAUGGUAUAUAUGUCCUAUGCUUUGUCUAACAUAAGGUGAGGGUGGGAACAAUAAUUUUGACCAAUGGCUACAAGCCAUCUGGCCUUUUGUCCAACAAAGACAUCUCUGUAAUGAAGAUGAGGCCCCAUGGAUAAUGCUUCCCAGAUAUUUCCUGUGGCCAUUUCCUAUGUUCAUUUGGAUCAUCAUUAUGCCGAAUCUACAAGUCAUAUAGAUAAUUCAGAUAAAGCGUAAGUACAAGUUAUAUAGACUGGUCCGAUACUUCACUCCUGAUCCGUUUAUUGUGUCCAUCAUUCCAAACUCUGUAACUAUUGUUUUUCUAAACUUUGUUCUAACCCA